ACCAUGGUACUCCUGCCAAUCCUGCUCCUCAUCGUCCUCAUUGGCCUCUUGCUACUCUGGGGCCAACUCACCUCUCGGGGUCGCCUACCUCCUGGACCACGACCACUGCCCUUCCUGGGGAACAUUUUGCAUCUAGACCACAAGGGCUUUCACAAGUCCCUCCAGGCGCUGAGGGAGAAAUAUGGUGAUGUCUUCACAAUCUACCUGGGGCCCCGGCCAUCCGUCGUCCUGUGUGGCUACGAGGCAGUGAGGGAGGCCCUGGUGGAUCAGGCUGAGGCUUUUUCUAGCCGAGGUCACAUCGCCAUCCUUGAUCCCAUCUUCCAGGGAACUGGUGUGGCCUUUGCCAAUGGAAAGUCUUGGAAGGCCCUCCGACGAUUCUCUCUGGCCACCAUGAGGGACUUUGGGAUGGGGAAGCGGAGCAUGGUGGAACGAAUCAAGGAUGAGGCUCAGUGUCUGGUGGACGAGCUGCAGAAAUCCGAGGGGGCCUAUCUGGAUCCCACCUUCCUCUUUCACACCAUCACGGCCAACGUCAUCUGCUCCAUUGUGUUUGGCGAGCGCUUUAAUUACCAGGACACCAAAUUCUUAAGGCUGCUAAAUUUACUGCAUGAAAUCCUCAACAUUCUCAGCUCUUUCUACAGCCAGGUGUUUGAACUUCUCUCAGGCAUCUUGAAACACUUUCCUGGCACACACACUCGCUUGUACAGAAACAUUCAAGAAUUGGAAGAGUUUGUCACAGAGAACAUUGAGAGGCAUCGGAAAAUGCUGGACCCCAGUGCCCCAAAGGACUUCAUUGAUUCCUUCCUUCUACGCAUAGACAAGGAAUGCUCCAAUCAUGAGAGUGAGUUCCACCAUAAGAAUCUUGUCCACACGGUGCUCUCAUUGUUCUUUGCUGGCACGGAGACCUCCAGCACCACUCUCCGAUAUGCGCUUCUACUCCUUCUUAAGAACCCAGAUGUCUUAGAGAAAGUCCAGGCAGAGAUCGACAGAGUGAUAGGCCCAGACCGUCUCCCAGCCCUUGAAGAUUGGGCAAAAAUGCCUUAUACAGAUGCUGUCAUCCAUGAGAUUCAAAGAUUCAGUGAUAUCACCCCCGUUGGGGUCCCCCAUUCUGUCAUCAAGGACACUCACUUCAGGGGAUAUCUUCUCCCUAAGGACACUAUUGUGUACCCUGUCAUGGGCUCUGUCCUCCAUGAUCCUCACCACUUUGAGAAGCCAGAUGCCUUCCACCCUGGCCACUUCCUGGAUGCGGAGGGCAACUUCAGGAAACAGGAAGCCUUCAUCCCAUUCUCCAUGGGAAAACAUCUCUGUCUGGGUGAGAGCUUGGCUCGCUCUGAGCUCUUCCUCUUCUUGACCUCAAUGCUGCAGAAUUUCUCCUUGGGCUCUCCCAUGGCCCCAGAAGACAUCGACCUCACACCAAGGAAGAAUGGGUUUGCAAAGCUGCCCCCUGUGUUCCAGCUCUGCUUCCUGCCCCGCUGGGGCAGGAGAGAAGGGGUGCAGAUCCCCUCAGAGUCCUUGCAUCCAGCUCCCGCCUCUGCCCACAAUGAAUCUGUGGAGGCCUCCUGA